CUCUCUACACACGCACGCACAGAUAAUCCACAUACGUCCCUCAAUUCAUAGAACACCAUCAUUCCUCGCAUAACAGCCCACAUAUUCCACCUUCUGUUGCAAACUAUGAUCCUUUUUUCCUAAAAACCUACAUCUCCCACCAUUCUUUAUAGGCCCAUAUCAAACCCCCCCAACCCCAAAACUCACAUGGAAAGUUGCAGGAAGAACCUUAUGAAAACAUGUAAGAAAGGCCCCACUAGGGGCAAAGGAGGACCCCAAAACUCAUCCUGCGAGUACAGGGGAGUGAGACAGAGAACAUGGGGCAAAUGGGUUGCAGAGAUAAGGGAACCAAAGAAAAGAACCAGGCUCUGGUUGGGCUCUUUUUCUACAGCUGAAGAAGCUGCAUUGGCUUACGAUGAAGCGGCAAGAAGACUCUAUGGGCCCGAAGCCCACCUCAACUUACCCCACAUACACUCAAACCCUCAUUCUCUACAAAAAACCCUUAGUGUAAACUGGUUUUCCAGUAAGAACUUUGGUUCCAAUUAUCAUUCAUAUGGAGUUCUCAAUCUCAAUGCACAACCUAAUGUGCAUGUCAUACACCAGAGGCUUCAGGAAAUGAAGAAGAAUGUGAACCAGCCUCCACCUGUUUCAUGUCCCCUGGUCUUUAGUGAGAAGGGAAAAGUAAAUUCAGGCCCUGAAAUUGAAAGAGAAGAGAAAGAUGGCCUAGAAAAUUAUGGGUUUUCUGCUCAAGAGAAGCAGAUUGAUCUGAAGGAGUUUCUUGAGCAAUUGGGUGUGUUGAAAGAUGAGCAAUUGGGUGUGUUGAAAGAAGAGAGUGGGUCAGAUAGUAGUGCAACACCCCCGCAGCAGAUCUUGCUGGGAAAUAACUUUCCAGCAAUUUCAGAGACUGGAGAGUUGGACGGUCAAGAUUUCCUUUGGGACGAAUUAGAGGAGUUGAAUGGGUUUGAUCACAACACAGAUGACCAAACCUGCACUAUACAGAUUGAGGGCCAUGAGGAUAUAUGCCUGACUUCCUCUAUUUGGGAUCUCUAACCUCUGGGAUCUCUAAACUGAGAGAAAUAAUCAUGGUUAGUUUUGGUUCAGUUUCAUGUAAUGUCUACGUGUUGAGGGUUAAUAGGUAGCAUAGCAAUGGGUAGUUCUUUCCUUUGUCCUCCAACCCCUUUUUUAUGUUUGUUUCGGUGGGUAGUUCAUUCCUUUGUCCUCCAACAUCUUUCUUUUGUCU